CUUGAGUGUGAACGCUACUUAGCUCCUUAUGGAUUUGGAGGGGUUCAGGUUUCACCUCCAAAUGAAAAUAUUGUCAUUACUAACCCAUUCAGACCCUGGUGGGAAAGAUACCAGCCCAUCAGCUACAAGCUCUGCACUCGAUCGGGAAACGAAAAUGAAUUCAGAGACAUGGUGACCAGAUGCAACAACGUUGGAGUUCGUAUUUAUGUGGAUGCUGUUGUCAACCACAUGUGUGGGGCUGCAGGUGGCUCAGGCACCCAUUCUACCUGCGGAAGCUAUUUUAAUACUGGGAACAGAGAGUUUUCAGCUGUGCCAUACUCUGCCUGGGAUUUCAAUGAUGGCAAAUGUCAUACUUCAAGUGGAAACGUUGAAAAUUAUGGUGAUAUAUAUCAGGUCCGAGACUGCCGUGUGACUGGCCUUCUUGAUCUGGCCAUGGAGAAGGACUAUGUACGCUCCAAAGUUGCUGAGUACAUGAACCAUCUCAUUGAUAUCGGUGUGGCAGGCUUCCGAAUUGAUGCUGCCAAGCAUAUGUGGCCUGGGGACAUGAAAGCAUUUCUGGACAAGCUGAAGAGUCUAAAUACGCAGUGGUUUGCCGCAGGAACAAAACCCUUCAUUUACCAGGAGGUAAUUGACUUGGGCGGA